AUUGUGUAGUUAGUCAAACAACCCAUUAACAUUAAUUGCAAUUGUUUUAAAAUAGAAAUAUAUUAUUGGCAUAAGAAAUGUUGCAUAUAUAUGUGGAUUCUAAUACCAUAUAAAAACAAACCUUUUUACUAAUAUAUUUUAAAUUUAUAUUGUCAUUUUGCAAAUUAAUCCAAUAUUAGCUAAAACAGGUUAUGACCAUUAAUUUUAACGUUCGGGUGUCAAAAUUAAUUUAUUAUUAUGUAAUGAGUCAUCAUGAUUCAUGGAAAAAGUGUGACUCGUAUUUUUCUUUUUGUUUUCUUUGUCACUCUGACUCAGAUUCUUGCAUAAGUCAAAACAAGAUAAAGACCAGAGAGAUGAAAUAAAAAGGGUGCGACCGUGGACAAAGAAGCCAUACAAUUGUUUUUUCUUAUCUUUUACUCCUCCUAGUCCUCUACUGUUUUCGUGUAUGUGUUCAUAUAGUGUUUCAGAUUUUCAUUUUUCUUUAUCAAUCAAGACUUUUUCCGAUUUUGAUCUUGAAUUUUUAUCUAUUGCAGAUUUCCCCAACAGUGAAAUGAAUGGAUCAUCGAGUCAAAUUUCCAGUAAGAGGAAAUCAGUUCUACCAACUUAUAAGAUUGGUAAAACUCUUGGACAAGGAUCUUUUGCGAAAGUGAAAUUAGCUGUCCAUAAAACUACUGGACACAACGUUGCUAUCAAAAUCCUUAAUCGUGAGAAGAUUAAGCAGAUGGGAAUUGAAGCAAAAGUGGAGAGGGAGAUCAAAAUUCUCAGAUUGUUGAUGCAUCCUCAUAUCAUCCGUCAAUAUGAAGUUAUAGAGACACCAGAAGACAUUUACGUUGUCAUGGAGUAUGUUAAGGCUGGCGAACUGUUUGACUAUAUUGUAGAGAAAGGUAAAUUACAUGAAGACGAGGCUCGCUAUCUUUUUCAGCAGAUCAUAUCUGGUGUGGAGUAUUGUCACCGCAAUAUGAUCGCUCAUCGAGAUCUCAAACCGGAGAAUAUACUCAUGGAUACGAAAUGCAACAUAAAGAUUGCAGAUUUUGGAUUGAGUAAUGUCAUGCAUGAUGGUCACUUUUUGAAGACCAGUUGUGGAAGCCCUAACUAUGCUGCUCCGGAGGUUAUUUCAGGAAAACUGUAUGCGGGACCAGAAGUGGAUAUUUGGAGCUGUGGAGUCAUAUUAUACGCUCUACUAUGCGGUAAUCUUCCUUUCGAUGACGAAAAUAUGCCUGGUCUAUUCAGCAAAAUCAAGAAGGGAGAGUAUAUUCUUCCAGAUCAUUUAUCGUACGCCGCUAGAGAUUUGAUACCGAGAAUUCUUACGGUUGAUCCUAUGAUGAGAAUUAGCAUUCCUGGGAUUCGUCAACAUCCUUGGUUCAGUACUAAACUUCCCCCUUAUCUUGCUGCUCCUCCAUUGGAUACUACCGAACAAGCUAGAGAGAUUAAUGAGGAGAUCAUUCGAGACGUGGUCAACAUAGGGUUUGUUGAAAAACACGUUAGGGAAUCUCUUUUCAACAGAAUCCAAAACGAGGCAACCGUUGCAUACUAUCUGUUACUGGACAGUCGACGUCGUAGCCCCAGUGACUAUUUCAAGUCCAAUGUUAAUAGGAUUUCGAGUUUUAAUUCGACGAUUCCAGCUCAAACGGUUGCUCCGUUUGCUGCAUUGGUUAAUCAUCACCUCAUGGCUGGACUAAGACCACGGGUUAGCGCUGACAAAAAAUGGGCCGUUGGACUUCAGUCUCAAGCGCGUCCUAAGGACAUCAUGACUGCUGUUUUUAAGGCUCUUCAAGACCUGAAAGUGAGCUGGAAACAGAUUGGAGAGUACAACAUAAAAUGCAGAUGGGUUCACCAAAGUAAUAUCUCCAAAGAGAAAUCUAACAUGAUGGAAGCUGAACUUGCGAUGAUCUCACCAACCGUUAUCAAGUUUGAACUUCAGCUGUACAAAGCAGGUGAGGGAAACUACGUGCUGGACAUCCAGAGAGCUGAUGGACCUCAAUUUCUCUUCUUGGACCUGUCCGUCUCUCUUCUCAGAGAGCUACAUGUGAUCUGAAGCUCGAUAUCUCUUCGGAUAAUUCUUCCAUGCUUCACUGCUUGGAAUUCAAUUAUGCUAUCUAUGUUUUCUGUAAGCCAGCUUUGGUACUAAACAAAAAAAACUAGUUAAUUUGUAUUUUGUCUAUUUGCAUGAGUUUUUUCUCAAAAUGCAUGUGAUAAAAAAACAAUAUUUCUCAAUCUAAAUAUGAAAUUAUAUAUUUAAUGCCAACUCGAAAGAAAACAUAGUGUAAGAGAUUGAUUUUCGAACAAUAUAUGUCAUAUAUUCGUGACUUGUAGUUAUAAGAAUAAAAGAAAAUCACUAGAACUUCUUACAGUAUAAUGGUUUAGGUUAAAUUCGUAAGAGAUAAGGUAAUAAGAAUAUCUACAAUAGAACAGGAGAAUAUAUGAUGUAUCCUAGCUUGAUAUAGAAGACACAGAGCCGGCUCAGGUACAGGGGCGAACAGGGCGACGGCCCAGAGCCCAAGAGCAAGAGGGGCCCAUAAUAUUCUUUUGAGUAUUAAAAAUUUAAGUAGCAUAACAACUUAGUUAAAAAGAAAUCAAGGAUGUUCGUAUGUUUUCUUUUUUGUCAAAACGUUCCUAUGUAUUUGAUUUCUCUUUCCCCAUUAAAUUUUUCUUUCCCCAUUAAAACUCCAUUUCCCCAUAAACUAUUCUAGUUUUUGUUGUUUUAUGAGAUCACGCUUUGUCUUUUUAAUAUUAUUCUAUAUUCUUGAAUAAGACUUUUAGUAUUUUAGACGGAUAAAAUUUUUAGUUCUUAAUACAUGUCACUUCUUUCUAGUACUUAACAAUUAGAUUUUGCUGAACAUUUUAACAAAUUUUGAAAACAAGCGAUAAUACAAAUUUAAAAUUUUGAAAUCUGAUGGUAUAAAAACAUUUUAUGUGAGAUAAUUGUUUUAAUACGACUCUAAUCACUUCUAAUCCCUUAGAGCAUCUCCAAAAGACACUCUAUAACUUCAAAUAAGAAGUUUUUUACUCUCCAAAAAGGAACUUCAAAACUUCAAAUUUGAAGUUUUGAAGAGUGAAACUCUAUAUUUGAAGUUUCACUACUCAAAACUUCAAAUUUGAAGUUUCACAUUUUUAUUUGCAUUUUGGUCCCUACAAUCACACAUUAUCUUUACGAUUCAUAAAUAUAAUUUUGUUUAUUGUUUUAAUCCUUAAAAACAAUUAUAUCUCAGAUAUAUUUUAAUUUUGUUUACAGAUUUUAAAUUUUACACAUAAAAUUAAAUAUAAUUUUAAAAUAAGAUUUAAAUUUUUUAAACUAGAUUCGGACAACAAUAAUAUACAAAAGAAACUUAAAUAUUUUGAUCCGGAACCUUCAAAAAUUUUAAAUAUUGUCCAAAUAUUUUUGUUAUACUGAAGAUGGUUGUUGUUUAUGAUAUCUUUUUCGUACAUUCUUUAUUGUUCAUAUCGAAUAUAUUCACGAGUGUUAAUAUCAUGAAAAGAAAAUUAGUCUUUUAGCAAUAUUUUAUGUUUCUCUUUUAUUUUCUUGUUAUGAUCUUAUGUAUUUACAAGUAUCAAUAUCACCCGAUUUCAACAACUUUUAGCUCGUAA